UUUCUUUUUCUUUAUUUUUCAACGCACUUUUAUUUAUUGACAGCUAAAUGAAGACUUGUCAAAGAUCAUUUAAUGCAGGUAAUGAGGUAGUUGAAGAUUAUUACAAUACUUUGCAAAGAUACUCUACCUUGUACCGAAUACUUUUAUCGCGAGCUUACUCGACUGAAACGACAUUCAACCAAUGGAACCGUAUUGAUCUGAAACUUGUAAACGAGCUCGGCCUUACUCUUACUCAUUUACAAAAAAAGAAUUGCUGGUUGGAAAUUGACUGUCAUCUUCUUGUCGAGAAAAACGGGCACUUUUUCACCUGCACAGAGUAUCAAAUCGCCUGUCGUCCUCUUCAACACGACGCUUGGGAGUUUAACUCAAACUCAGAUAUCGCUGGAUUUCAUCACGAUAGCGAAGGCGAUUUCGAAUACAUGAUAUCCAACAUAGACGAAGCGUUUGUAUCAGAUCCACAACAACAUUACUAUAUUCAAAUAUUUCCUACUUGUAAGCCUCAACAAAUCAUUCAGGCUUUUCCUCUGGUGAUUGGUCCAAUUGCCAUUGAAGACCAGCAGACAACAGUACACCAUUCCAAUCAAUGGUGUGACAACAGAGUCCUAUCGCAAAGCAUCUUUCAUGCCUGUUGUGUACAGGAACACACCUUUCUAGUUAUCAAGGAGAAUUGGGAAUUGGGUACACCAGGCAAAAUGUGGGAUUCCGCCCUUGUCUUGUCUCAAAUGUUUUCCGACAAGAUCAAGUCAGAUCCCACUCGUUUUAAAAACCAUAGAAUAUUAGAUUUAAGUGCUGGAACCGGUUGCGUGGGUUUAUUAAUGGCAAAAUUGUACAAAGAAAUAUACGAUGAAAACAAGGAGUAUUUGCCUCAAAUAACAAUGACGGAUCUACCACAUGCACUCGACCUAAUUUAUCAAAAUCGCGCUACCAAUCAUCUCGAAGGUUACACGGAAAUACAAGCAUUGACAUGGGGCAACUACGAUGAUGUCAAAACACUACUAUUAAAGGGCCCAAUUGACAUUAUCAUUGCUUCUGAUGUGCUUUAUGAACCAUCUUCUUUUAGUAAGCUCGUGCAGACCCUGGAUUGGUUAAGUGCUGCUGUCAAAAAUAUUGACAUUUUUUUGGGUUACAAACGAAGAGGUCUCAGCAGAGAGGACGAACAAAGCUUCUUUCAGAUCUGUGCAGAGAAAUUUCACAUCAACAUCUUGCCUAUUCAACCUGACAAUAAAUUAAUUACUAAUGAAGGUUGGAUUGUAGGUGGUGGUUUCUCCAAUAUCUUUAAGGAAACAGGUGUAAAUAUAUAUCAACUCGUACGCAAAUAACCACCCAGAUCUUUUUUUUCCCCCGUCUCUUUUAUAUCUAUAUUAUCUACAUUCUCUCUUAAUGAUACCAUCUUUCUCCUCCUCUCUCUUUAUCUAUUUCUCUUUAACUCUAGACUUUAUCUCAUACUAAGAAAAGAUAUUUAUAAAAAAAAAACGCGU